UUUCUGGCCGGAGGCGGGGCGAGAGGAGGAGCCUGGUGGCCGCGGGCCGCCUCUGCCCGGGCGGCGAGUAGCUUUGCAGCUGUCGCUCGGCUAAAUCGGGGACGCCUAAUAGCAAUCCCACAAGUGGUUCCUCCCCGCGGCCAAGUAAUUUCGCCCGGCGUCUCCCGGGAGAGGCUGGGGGCCGAGGCGGCCGGAGGAGAGCGACGCUCGGGGCUGAGGCGCGGCGGGGGGACCCCGGCGGCGGCGGCGGGAGCAGAACCGCGCUGCCGGGCCGGGCUCGCCAGGUAGCCCCGGCAGGUGACGCCGCUGGGCGGCGGGGGAGAAGGGAGCGGCGCGCGAUGGUGCCGGGCGCCGGUGCUGAGGGAGGCUGCGCUCAUCUCCCUGCCUGCGGCAGCCUCCGCUAGCCUCUGAGCGGGAGCCCCUCGCCUGCGCCCGGCCGCCUCUCCGCUCGGGCAGCUCGGCAGAAGCGCGCGGGGGCGCCAGGACCGUGUCCGUGCCGGAGCGGGCGGCGCAGCAUGGCAUCCGCCUAACCGCGGCCGCGGGAGCAGAGCCCGGGACGCGCGGCGGCGGCUCCGCCGGGAUGACUGACAGCGGCGAGGGGAUCAUCAGCCUGUCGGUGCCCAGCCCUCCGGGCGGCGGCGCCCCCGGCGAGGAGGGGCUCGGCAGGCGGGCGCAAGGGGCCGACGGUGCCCGCAGCCUCCUGCCCGACCUGCCUGCGCCGCCGGCCGGCACCACGCUGUGGGGCGAGGAGGGCGCUGCCGCCGCCUGCCCCGCCGGCUCGGGCAUCGCGGCGCGGGCCAAGGGCGGCGGCGGCAGACGGACCGCGGUCACCUACGUGAUCAACGAGCCGAGCCAGGGACCGCUGCUGGCGGCGGAGAGCGGCGCCCUGCAGAGCCUGCGGGAGGCGUGCGAGGUGGUGGGCGCCACGCUGGAAACCCUGCACUUCGGCAAGCUGGACUUCGGCGAGACGGCGGUGCUGGACCGCUUCUACAACGCAGAUAUUGCUGUGGUGGAGAUGAGUGAUGCGUUCCGCCAGCCUUCCCUGUUCUACCACCUGGGAGUCAGAGAGAGCUUCAGUAUGGCUAACAACAUUAUCCUCUACUGUGAUACAAAUGCUGAGUCUCUGCAGUCACUGAAGGAAAUUAUUUGCCAGAAAAAUAAUGUGCUACUCCUUCAAAAAUGGCCUGUUUUUCUUGAAUGGCUUGGUGCUAUUACUUUCAGUGUACAUCAUGUGAUGUGUACUGGUAACUACAUAUUUGUUCCUUAUAUGAUAACUCCACACAACAAGGUGUACUGCUGUGAUAGUAGUUUUAUGAAGGGACUAACAGAACUGAUGCAGCCCAGUUUUGAGUCGCUGCUUGGGCCUAUAUGUUUACCUUUGGUAGAUCGAUUUAUUCAACUCUUAAAGGUGGCGCAGGCCAGCUCAAGCCAGUAUUUCCGGCAAUCUAUUCUUAAUGAUAUCAGAAAGGCCCGUACCCUCUACACAGGCAAAGAACUUGCAGCAGAGCUGGCAAGGAUUCGACAGCGAGUGGAUAAUAUUGAAGUGUUGUCUGCUGACAUUGUAAUAAACUUGUUGCUGUCCUACAGAGACAUUCAGGAUUAUGAUUCCAUUGUGAAACUGGUGAAAACUUUAGAAAAACUGCCUACUUUUGACUUGGCCUCCCACCAUCAUGUGAAGUUUCAUUAUGCAUUUGCACUGAACAGGCGAAAUCUGCCUGGAGACAGACAGAAAGCUCUAGAAAUUAUGGCUCCCCUGGUACAGCAGGAAGAUCAAGUAGCUUCAGAUAUGUACUGCCUGGUUGGGCGAAUCUACAAAGACAUGUUUUUGGAAUCUGGGUUCACAGAUACAGAAAGCAGAGAUAAAGGGACGUUCUGGUUCAAGAAGGCGUUUGAGUCAGAGCCAACAUUACAGUCAGGAAUUAAUUAUGCAGUACUCCUCCUGGCAGCUGGACAUCACUUUGAUACUUCUUUUGAGCUGCGGAAAGUUGGGGUAAAGAUCAGCAGCCUGCUUGGUAAAAAGGGGAGCUUGGAGAAACUGCAGAGCUAUUGGGAAGUGGGAUCUUUCUUGGGGGCCAGUAUGUUGGCUAAUGACCACAUGAGAGUGAUCCAGGCUUCAGAAAAGCUGUUUAAGCUAAAGGCACCAGCAUGGUACCUGAAGUCUAUUGUAGAGACCGUUUUGAUAUAUCAGCAUUUUAAGAAACUGAAUCCAGAACAGCAUACAGCCAAACAGGAACUCGUCGACUUCUGGAUGGACUUCCUUGUUGAAGCCACAAAGACAGAUGUGUCUGUAGUUAGAUUUCCAGUUUUAAUAUUAGAACCAACAAAAAUCUAUCAGCCUUCAUAUCUCUCCAUCAACAGUGAAGCUGAGGAGAAGACUGUAUCUAUUUGGCAUGUGCUGCCUGAUGACAAGAAAGGUAUCCAUGAGUGGAACUUCAGUGCUGCUUCUAUCCGGGGAGUAAGCAUUUCGAAGUUUGAAGAACGGUGCUGUUUCCUGUAUGUGCUGCACAACUCGGAUGAUUUUCAAAUCUAUUUCUGCACAGAACUUCACUGCAGGAGGUUUUUUGACAUGGUGAACAGUAUAACUGAAGAAAUAGGGAAGAAUACAGAGGAUGGGGAAUGUGACGGAGACUCUCUGGAGUAUGAUUAUGAAUACGAUGAAAAUGGUGAGCGAGUCAUUCUGGGGAAAGGAACUUACGGCAUUGUAUAUGCAGGACGAGAUUUGAGCAAUCAAGUCAGAAUUGCUAUUAAAGAAAUCCCAGAGAGAGAUAGCAGGUACUCCCAACCUCUACAUGAAGAAAUAGCUUUGCAUAAGCACCUCAAACAUAAGAAUAUUGUCCAGUAUUUGGGUUCUCUUAGUGAGAAUGGCUUCAUUAAAAUAUUCAUGGAACAGGUGCCAGGUGGCAGCCUUUCUGCUCUUCUACGAUCAAAAUGGGGACCAUUAAAAACUAAUGAGCAGACAAUCGGCUUUUACACCAAGCAGAUUCUUGAAGGAUUAAAAUACCUCCAUGAUAAUCAGAUAGUGCACCGAGACAUAAAGGGUGAUAACGUGCUUAUCAACACUUACAGUGGAGUGUUAAAGAUCUCAGACUUUGGAACUUCGAAGAGACUUGCAGGAAUCAACCCAUGUACUGAAACUUUCACUGGUACCCUUCAGUAUAUGGCACCCGAAAUCAUAGACAAAGGCCCACGUGGCUAUGGGAAAGCUGCAGACAUCUGGUCUUUGGGAUGCACAAUUAUUGAAAUGGCUACAGGGAAACCCCCGUUUUAUGAACUGGGAGAACCACAAGCAGCUAUGUUUAAGGUGGGAAUGUUUAAAAUACACCCAGAGAUUCCUGAAUCCAUGUCUGCAGAAGCCAAGGCUUUCAUACUGCGUUGCUUUGAACCAGAUCCUGAUAAACGAGCUUUUGCUCAUGAGCUACUUAUAGAUGAAUUCUUGAAGGUUUCAAGCAGAAAAAGAAAGUCCCCAUCAAAGCUCUCAGUUCUUUCAGCUAGCUCAAACGAGUAUCUUCGGAGUAUAUCCUUACCUGUUCCUGUUCUGGUUGAAGAUACAAGUAGCAGCAGUGAAUAUGGCUCUGUUUCACCUGAUACGGAGUUAAAAAUUGAUCCAUUCUCUUUCAAAACAAGAGCUAAAUCCUGUGGAGAAAAAGAUGGGAAGGGAAUCCGGUCCCUUUUUCUGAGCAUCCCAGAUGAGAAUUUUGAAGACCACAGUGCACCUCCUUCACCUGAAGAGAAAGAUUCUGGGUUUUUCUUGCUGAAGAAAGAUAGUGAAAGGAGGGCCACCCUUCAUAGGAUAUUAACUGAGGACGAAGAAAAGGUGGUGAAGAACUUGAUGGAAGCUUUGGCUCAGGGAGCUGAAGAGCCCAAGCUAAAAUGGGAACAUAUCACAACGCUUGUUUCCAGCCUCAGAGAAUUUGUACGGUCCACUGAUCGUAAAAUCAUCGCAACCACUCUUUCAAAACUGAAACUGGAGUUAGACUUUGACAGCCAUGGUAUCAGUCAAGUGCAGCUGGUGCUGUUUGGUUUUCAAGAUGCUGUCAACAAAGUUCUCCGAAAUCACAACAUCAAGCCACAUUGGAUGUUUGCAUUGGACAGCAUAAUUAGAAAAGCUGUGCAGACUGCUAUUACUAUUCUGGUCCCAGAAUUGAGGCCACAUUUUAGUCUUGCAUCUGAAAGUGAUACAGCAGAUCAAGAUGAUAUAGAAGUUGAAGAAGAUCAAGAUGAGCAGCCUCAGAAUCAAACUAUCCAACAGCCUUGCAUUGUCAUGGAAGAUGCAAUAGCUACCUCAGGUGUGAGUACGCUCAGCUCUACGGUAUCCCAUGACUCCCAGGCUGUUCAUAGAUCACUGAGUGUCCAGCUGGGGAGGCUAAAAUUAGAGACAAACAGGCUAUUGGAAGAGUUGGUUCAAAAGGAGAGAGAAUUUCAAGUCCUCUUACAUCAAGCUAUAGAAGAAAAAGAUCAAGAGAUCAAAAACCUGCGUCUUAGGUCACAGCCAAUACAUAUUCCUGGAUUGUCUGUCUGUCAUCGUCAUUCCACUGGUGCAGGGACCGAAGACCCUGAUCUCAUAAACUGGCUGAGCGUCCAGGGAGCUGAUGAGGAUACUAUAAACAGGUUCUUGGCUGAAGACUAUACAUUAAUGGAUGUUCUCUGCUAUGUUACACGAGAUGAUCUGAAAUGUUUAAGACUGAGAGGAGGGAUGCUAUGCACACUCUGGAAGGCCAUCACUGACUUUCGCGAGAAACACGCCUGACACUGAAAUCUUUCUUUGCUUCUCUGCAGAGAGGAAAAGAUUUCCUUUCAGCACAGAGCAGGUGUGCUGUCAGAAGGACUGUUGCACUUUAAUCCAGUAUUUGUUUACCAAUGUUAAAAACACUGCAGCUUCCUGACUGCUUUUACUCCUACAAUCCCUGAGAAAUAUGUCAACAACCUGCAAUGUUGUUUUACUUUAAAUGUUUUUAUAUGGAAGUUUUUCAAAAAUUAAGACCCCCCCCUCCAAAAAAAGACUUUAUUAACUCAUGACCUAUUAAAGUAACCAGAUGUUAAUUUCAUGAAAAACUGAUGUGAGAUUUCACGUGACUGUGCAUCACUGGAGCAAAACCAAAAUGUGACGACAACUUCUCAAGUCUAUUUUUCUUUGUAAUAUAUCUUGGUAAUCUGUAGAACUUCAUAAUUUCAAUCAUGAUUAGAUAUUUUUCUUUUAGCGUGCAAGACCUAAAAGUAAUUGUUUUUACCUACUGCCUAGUUUAAUAUUGUUUAUUUUUGGUAACUUAAGUUCUAUGGUGCAUUUGUUUUAGAGCUGUUUAUGUACUACUGAACUGUACCAGUUGCAUACACCUGAACCAUAGUAAUGUUAGCUUGUUCUAAAGCUAUCUCUGACAUACACAGUUAAAAAUAAAGAGAACCUAAGAAUUACUUUUUCCUAUAUUUUUGGACUUUUAAAAUAAUAAAGGUGUAGAACUGGAAAAUAUUAGAAUAAAAAAGAGGAAAAAAUCAUACUGAGUAUCAAGGAGACCUGUCUGACAUGUGUUAAAGUUACUGUGAUUUUAGUUAGAUAAUCAUAGCAUUGAAUAUUUUCUGUUUUCCUGUUCAGUCUAACUCCAAUAUUGAUAGACCGCGGCCAAAAAUAAUUCUUGUCUGGAGAGACUCGAGAAAUGAAUAUCCAGCCUCCACGCACUGAAUAGUCAUUUUGGCAUGUUGUUUUCUUCUGCUUUUGUUUAGUCAAGAUGUCUUUUCUCAUACAUCAUGAAAAAGGACAGUGGAUGUUCCCUAUCCAUCCACACUGAGUGUCCCUCCAGUAUUCUAGCACUGGCUAACAUCAGAUUCUUCUGAGGUGACUGCAAAAAAUUCCAGUGAAUAAGACUUGACUUAAAAACAAGCUUCUUCAUAAGCCUUGGUAAUCAGUGAACAGCUUAUGCCCUGAAUUUUGCAGGUUUAACAAAUACUUUCAAAGAAAAUAAUUUUUUUCUAAACAGAUGUUGUCCUAACAUGUAUGCAGUAAUUUUUGCUGACUGAAAAACAACAAAAUUGUAUACAGAAAAAAUAGGCUGAACAAAGAACAAAUAAAUCAUUUUUUUUUCUCCCUGAA